AUGGUCCAGAUUAAAGCGCACGAGCUUCGUACCAAGAGCAAGACGGAGCUGCUCCGUCAGCUGGACGAUUACCAGCAGGAGUUGGCUCAGCUGCGCGUGUCGAAAGCCAUUGGUGGCGCUGCUUCCAAGCUGAGCAAGAUUGGCGUCGUACGCAAGUCGAUCGCCCGUGUCCUCACGGUGUACAACCAGAACCAGAAGAUCAAGCUCCGUGCUGCUCUCCGUGGCAAGAAGUACAUUCCACUGGACCUUCGCCGCAAGAAAACGCGUGCGAUUCGUCGUCAGUUGACAAAGCAGGAAAAGUCGAUCAAGACGCCCAAGCAGGUGAAGAAAGAAGCAUACUUUCCUAAGCGUCGUUACGCUCUGAAGGCAUAA